AGGGAGAUGAAUGGAGAGCAGAGAAUGAGGUGAGACAACCUUCCAAACACACCAACAACAGCAAGACUAAAGGCUCAAAGCAAACCUGUCAAAAUACAAGAUGAAAACCAUUCUCUCCAUUGCUCUUGUGCUCCUGGCUCUCUAUCUGGUCUCUGAAGCCCAUGCAGUCCAAGUCCAAGUGCAGGAGGGUGACUUUGUUUUCUCACUGGAAUCAGUAAAGAAGCUCCAAGAACUGACAGAGAGCAGCAGUGUAAACGGGAAGCAGAAUCCUCAUCUCGCCAGCACCAGCUUUGCUUCCGUCUGUGCUAACCCCUCCCUGCCACAGGAGUUCAUGCCCCUGUGCAUGCAGAGAGGGGCCAGCAUGUCUCUCUCAAGACUAGCUACUGUGCCUAUAGACGUCUGUGAGAUCUGUGCCUUUGUUGCCUGCACAGGCUGUUAGGCAAGAUAUCGACCUGACUGCCAGCAGAAGACAAGCCACCCACAUUAUCAUUCUGCAUAUUGUGACAACAAUGUGGAUUUCAUGUAUUCAAAUUGCCAUCCUCAGACAUGAUUGGCCCAAAAGAUAACUGGACCAAAAAUGUAAAAAAUAUAUUAAAUGAUGGAGGCUCAUUUUCUAGAAAAUGUUACUUUGGAGAAUAUUCAGCACUUAUUUGUCUACGUAUUUUCUUUUCCUUUUAUCACUUGACUUUUAUUUUGGAAAUGUUGAUUUGUUACAGUUCUAUCUUACCAGUCUUUGUACUUAUUUAAUGUAGAGAUGUAUUUUUGUUUUGGGGGUUUUGCAUUCUUUUGUAUGUUUAUAA